UCCGCCCCGGUGUCAGUCCGGUGUUAGUCCGCCCCGGUGUCAGCCCUCUGACGCCGGGGCGGCUCCUUUUCUCUGAACUCAAAUUGUUUCAGAACAUCACAGAAAACGCGUAGAACGUUCCACAGCAGCGUUCCAUCAGUGCUCCCCGGAGCGCAUGCGCCAUGUCCCGCGCCCUCGUAACAAACCCAUGCACGCGCAUCUUCGAUUCAAAUAAAGCGUAGAGUUUGACGUUAAAUUCGGACUUUAUCGUCAGUUAUGAUGUCAUGAUUACACACUUAUUGAAUGCAAAUAUUAAUUCUGUCUUUAACGAUGAAUAACGUUACAUUCCAGCGUUUAAUCUCACGACGUAAUAACGGCGGUAUUGGCUGGUUAUAAACCGUCUUUAUGAAUUCAUACAAAGGCUGCUGACUCGUGUAGAACAGCCGUGUCCGGUCGGUGGUUCGGUUCACUCUUAAAAAAAAGAAAAGAAACGAAAACAAAAAACCGUUUGAACGUUUGACGUUUGAACAGACUGAUAUUCGGUCAGAGCAGCAGCGCCAUCAUGGCUGACGCUCUUCGUCCCGGACACGAUUCCUCCGCCUGUUUCUGCUCUUUAUUCACGAACAGUCCGUCGAUUUAUUACAACAAGUGAAAUACGGCCCACAUCUGCCCGCCGUGUUGCGGACUCUGCGGGCGUCCAGCUCGGUGAUAACGCGACGGAGUCCGCUGCUGCCGUGACCGAACACGAGCACCGAACCGCGGCGUCGGCUGCCUCGCGGAUCGCUGAAAACAAGAACCGGGUCGAACUCACUGGCGCGUUCGGAACGUUGGAACGUCGGAACGUUCCAUCAGCGACAAACAGAAGCGGAACGGUCCCACAGCUACAAUCACACUUAACCGUUUCCUCGCCACACUGCUUUAAUCCCAAAACCGCAUUCUAUUUAAAUUCACCCUGAUCUUUAAAUAAAUGAGGUCGAUCAUUAUGAAACUCUCAUGUCUGUCUGUAGUUUGUAAAUGGUUCCUGUAACGUGAGAAUAAAGCCCCAAACUGUUGCACCGGAAACCGAUCCACCAGAACCACAGGUUCGAGUCCGUUUCACUCGGUUAAAAUGCAGUAAAAUCCCAGAUGUAAGAGAAGAAACUGGAGACCAUCCGUCCGUUUGUCUGUCCGUGAAGCCUGAUGUGUCAUGGCGUCUGUCCUCGGCUUCUCGGCGGUUCAAACACUCCGACGAACAGUCCAUCAGGUGCAGGUGAAUCUGCACAGCAGCACACAUCACCCCGCUGGUCCGCGGCUGCCCCCCGCACAUAACGGACCGUAGAUUUCCCGGUGUCGGUGCCGAGAGCCACCGGGACCAGUUUUGAACCAGGUGGCGGCAGCAAGAUGGCGUCGGAGGCUGCGCAGUACCGAGGAAGACGGAGACGGGGCGAUGACGUCUCACAGCAAAGACACCGCAUGUUUCCCCCGCAGUUAGAAAACAUCCACGAUGUCGACCGACGGAAAACAGACGGUACCGCUCGGAUUCACGUUACACCGUCGAAAUAUUUGACGAGUUCGACCACGCAGAAGGAUGCUGUCUUGAACCUUCGUACAGAUGUAUAAAAAGCAGGACCCUCCUGCCCUUUAGAUGUCUGGGGCCUGUUCAUGGCUUCUAAGAAGAAGCAGAAAGCAAUGGUGUUCCAUCAGGAAGGGGCAGCCGCCCCUGAAGCGGCGCCUGCCGCAGACCAUCCACCCGUCCGCUUUGUUGUUCCCAAACCAGGGAAGGCAAGCGAAGGUGGAAUGGAACAAAGUACCUGUGUAACCAAUGAAGAGGCAGGUGUGAAGGGUAAACCCAAGAUGCACCCGUCAAGAGAACCCAUCAGGACUUCUGGUGGACUUCCUGCUGUGAAACAUUCCACCAGUUUAGACACUCAGCCAGACACCGUGUCCCCUGAUAGCAUCUGCAAAGGUAUCAAAGUGACGCUGGACAACAACAGCAUGUGGAACGAGUUUUUCAGGUGCAAAACAGAGAUGAUUCUGACUCAACAAGGCAGCAGGAUGUUUCCGUACUGCCGAUUUCGCAUCUCUGGCUUGCACCCCUCUAAGAAGUACUCUUUGAUCAUGGACAUUCAACCUUUAGACAACAGUCUUUACAAGUGGACGGGCAAGAGCUGGCAAGUUGCUGGAAAGGCAGAGUGUCAUGUUAAGAGUCAACCAUUUGCUCAUCCAGAGUCCCCUUCAGUGGGUCAACACUGGAUGCAGAAUCCAGUGUCCUUUUACAAACUAAAGCUCACUAACAACACCUCAGAUAAAGAGGGGAACACUACUCUUCAUCCGAUGCACCGCUACUUACCACGACUGCACGUGGUCCAAACUGACAAAGCUGCUAAAGAUAUAAAGCUAAAUGGCCCCAGUGUUGUUACAUUCACUUUCCCCCAGACGGAGUUUAUGGCAGUCACUGCUUACCAGAACUCACGAUUUUCUCAGCUAAAAGUCGACUACAACCCAUUUGCUAAAGGACUGAAGGAGGAGGGCUCCAGUUCGUUGGGCCCAAAGUUGAAACUGAACUCUGUUAAAGACUCACACAAAGAUGGAAGCACAGCAACCACUGAGCAGCAUCCAGUGAAGAAGAGCUUGAAGUCUUUGCUUGCAAACCAUAAACCUAGAAGCACGAAAGCAGCGGACUCAGAGCCUUCGGGGUCAGGUGAACUCCAGAAAAAAUCCACUACAAACAAUGAUCAGUCAGAUGACAGUGUCUCUGGAGAACGUUCAUGCAGCAAUUCACAUCCAGCCCAGAAAUUAUUUUCUGAACUGAUGCGGGAGGCUCACGUGUCACUGCAUAGAUGCGACCAGGAGGAGCUGGCAAUCAAUAACAGCACCUCUCACAGGACUGAGCGAACCAACACGAAAACCACAGCUUCAAAAAGCAACAAACAGGAUUUUCCCAAAGGGGACAGUAUAUCAGUCAAAACACAGAGCAAAACUUCACCUCCACAGAAAGGUGAAGCUGUAGCAAGGAGGAAAGUAAAGGAAGUAACGGACAAUUCAUUGAACUGCAAAGACAAUGGUGGGACUAUUAGUUCCAACGACAAUAAUGUUGUUGCUGCUCCAGCAGUGUCCCAGAACUCCUCGGUGCACUCAGACCAACAACAUAAACCUGAAGCUCAAUCAGAGGUGAAAGUAAAGCGGAGUAAACGGCCAGCACCUCUGCCUCUGCCAGCGCUUGCUCUUUUUUUGAAGCAGCAUUCAACAAAAUCUAAAGUAACCAAGAGCAAGCUGGACUCUCCUCCUCCAGUACUCCCGUCUGAAUCUCAGUCUUAUUCACAGAGUUCUGCUGCAGCUCCUGCAUAUCCGCCUUCUGAUCACGCCGGCAAAGCAACUGGUCCCUCGAAGGACCUAACUGGUGAUAUCACAACAGCUGACAAACAGGCCUCUGGGCAUACUGCUGCACUUUCUCAUCCAGAUGAAAUGGUUUUGAAUGUUACUGAACAAGCAGUUGAAACUGCCCACAAGCCUUCCAGUCCAUCAUGUCCAGACUUUGUUGCCUCUACAGACCCAAAGGGAGUAAGAGCUGACGAUUCUUUGGCCUCUGUUUCAGUUGCUGAAGGCUCAGGACCUGAGCCGGCGGUACCAGAUGGUACACAAGUGUUGCCCAACUCAGAUCAGCCAUUUUGUACCCUUGGGACAACAGUGUCCACCAUUUACACAACUAUAGCUACCUCUUCUGCAGCUUCCACUUUGUCACCACCCCUUGACACAGUGUUAACUGCCUCAAACUCUCCCCAGACACAGACCAUCUCUGAGUCUUCCACACUACCCUCAGACUUGCCAACUACAAAGUCUGAUUCUUUGCUACCUGACCCAGAGUGUUCUUCGUUUGGCUUUGAGCCUUUGUCACCUGCAAGCUCUCCAGAACCUUUACCUUCCCUGCCCAUCUUGUUAGCGUUAGACCUCAACUCCACCACUUCUGAACCAACUCCAAAAGCAGUAUCUCCUGAAGAGUUACAGCACGGUGAAGACUCCGCUGCCUCUGUGUUUAAAUGGCAUACAGUGUUACCUCCACCCAGGCCAUACAUAGACACUACGUACACAACAUUUCAGUCCACACCACAGACCCAUCCUUCAGGGCCUGAUCCAUCACCUUUGUUGCCUUCGCAGACUCCUUCCCACCCUGAUCCGCAGACUCUCGAUACCUCCACAUCCACACCUCCCCCUGAUCCGGCUCCAUCAUUUCAAGAAAAUGAAUCGCUGCUCUUCCCUGCAGAACUGUCACCCCUUGCGCUUCACUUGCCCCUGUCCCCAACCUUUUCUUCAUUAGACGGAGACGCAUUGUCACCCACGCCUUCAAUCGCAGACCUUGUGCAGUUUUUCUCCACUGAUGAUGACCUUGGGAUGGAGGUGGCGUUUUCAAACACAGAGGCAGUGGCUGCUCCCUGCCUGCCCCCACCUACAACAGAAGCAAAUGCACAUGAGCCUUCUCAGGAGGUGCAGCCAACCCCAGCCAACAAACCCUGCAGGGGCAGGAAGAAGUCCCGGCGGCCAAAGCUUGCCAAGACGGACAUGGUUGAGAAAAUGGAUGUUUCCACCUACACCAGCAUGAAGCCUAACCUGGAGGAAGUGGAGGAGCAGUUAUUCAUUUCAUUCACAUCAAAGGAGGCUCUCAAACUUCACGUUGCGGACUCUUCUGUCGUGACGGCCUCGCAGCCUGAGAUGACGCCUGAAUGUCACCUGCAACCAACCGCUGACGCACCUUCCUCUGAUGAGAAAGCAGAGACGGAGGAGAGUUUGGGGGAGAAACUUGCCGCCUUCGAGAAGAUUCUUCUGAGAGACUUGAAGCUGGUGAGACACAGACAGGUGAUCCAUCCCGUGCUGCAGGAAGUCGGUCUGAAGUUGAAUCUGCUGGAUCCGACUCUGGCCAUCGACCUGCAGUACCUGGGGGUCCGCCUGCCCAUCCCCCCUCCUGGAGUCUCUCUGGAGCCACUGACCCAGGAGCUGCCGCCACCACCGCCGCCAGGUGUCUCUGCAGCGUUUGUGUCCAGGACGGGAAAAACAACCGACGUGACUCAGAUUAAAGGCUGGAGAGAGAAAUUCACCCCGUCAGAGGCUCCGCCCACACCGGCGCCAAUCAAACCUGAAGCCGGUCCGAGCUCCGAGCCUCCGAAGAAGAACCUGUCGGCGUUCUGCAGCGACAUGCUGGACGAGUAUCUGGAGAACGAGGGGAAGCUGAUCGACGAGCGCGCCGCCAGCUUCUCGCAGCCCGCCGUGGAGCCGCCCGUCUACCAGCUGCCCACCAGGAGCACCAGCUACGUCCGGACCCUCGACAGCGUCCUGAAAAAACAGACCUCCCCGACCUCUGACCUCAUAUCCGGAUUCAUCCCGCCCUCCAAGAGACCCAAACCGCCCCUCAGAGAGACCAAGACCUCCAGGAAGAGGGGCCCCAAACCCCGCAAGCACCAAGCAGAACCAGGUCCGGCCCCCGCACUCAGUCCGGCUGAGUCCGGCCUGAUCCAGAAACCAGCUGCAGUCCAGAUCCCAGCAGCUCCCUCAGCAGAGGCCCCCCUCACAGACCCCCACACCCCAAAGAAAUACCGACACAGAGUCCGCCUGGACCCCGCAGACCCCCGCUCCAUCUCUCCUCCGCCUAAGAGAAGGAGGAGACUCAAACCCAAGACCUCCUGCCAGACCCUCAGCCCCCACAAGUCCACUGCCCCCCCACCCUCCGCCACAGAGGACAUGGCGCCGCUGGAGUCGGACUCUGAGCUGGGGGCCGAUCAGAGCGGCGGGCCCCCGACGACCCGAGCUCUGCUGCGGCAGAAGGACCUGGAGGACGAGGUGGUGUGGGGGGGGCGACCCCGGACCUGCAUCACCGAGGAGAGGGCCACCGUCGCUCUGACAUCGCUCUUUACUCUGAUGGGUUUCGUCCGGGAGAACCCGACGGCGCCAAUCCAGCUGACUCGGCGGCGAGCUCCCCGCUGCCUGAACGAGUUCUGCCGGCUGGGCUGCGUCUGCUCCAGUCUGUCUCACUGCGCCAGGAUCAGCCACUGUGGCCGGCCCCAGUGCAUGCUGGGAUGCAGCUGCCUCAAACAGAAGGUGGUUCUCCUGAAGAACCUGGACGCCUCUGACUGCAGCCCCUCGCAGCCCGCCAACACCAAGAGGAGGCGGAGGAAGAGGAGGAUGAAGAUGGCCUACAUCCUGAAGGAGGCGGACAGCGUCUCCCAGCCUGCCGAGCGGGUCCGGACUCUGUGGAAGAGGGGCGUCGAAGACUCAGAUCCAGAUCCGAUCAACGCCCCCAAAGCUGCAGCCCUGCCCCGCCCCCCUGUGAGGACUGACAGACGGGAGGACAGACGGGAGGACAGAUGGGAGGACAGACGGGAGGACGUCCUCAGCGGCGGCAGCAGCUGUGCCAGAGCGCGAGCUUUCAGAGGGAAGAAGAAGAGCGGCAGGAAGGCGAAGAGGAAGGAUCAGCUGCGGAGUCUCAGAGCUCCUCAGCAGGAGGCGUCUCAGGACGUCAAGUCCAAAAAGCUUCGUCUGCAGUCUUUGAAACAGAGAGAUCUGACGCUGAAGGACGCAAAGACCAAACCCUCCGCUCCUCCUCCUGCAGGUGAGCC